CCCUCAUUCUCUUCUGCCACCGUCACAGUUGCGCCGCCGUCACUCCGUUUGCUCACGCCGCCUGUCGCUUCACUGCUGCCGCGCCGCCAUCGCUUCUUCUCUCUGUUGCAGCCGUGGCUCCUCCUACUUUGGUCCUUUUCCAUUCUCUCUCCGUUGAUUCGCCUCUGCUCUCAACAAUCGUUCCAUCGGUCUCGGCAACACCGCUCUUAUGAAAAAUUCAACUAAUGCCAUGAAGGAAUCAAGGGUCCCUGAGAUUUUACAUUUGGUUCAAAUAAUGAAAAGACUGAGGCAUCCAAAUGUUGUUCUCUUCAUGGAAGCAGUUACUCGACCUCCGAAUCUUUCUAUUGUUACUGAAUUUCUUCUCAGAGGAAGCUUGUACAGACUAAUUCAUCGACCAAACAAUCAAUUAGAUGAGCGAAGGCGGUUGCGAAUGGCCCUUGAUACUGCCCGAGGAAUGAACUAUUUGCACAACUGCACUCCAGUGAUUGUACACCGUGAUUUUAAGUCACCAAAUCAUCAUGUUGAUAAAAAUUGGGUUGUGAAGGUGCCAACUAAUUGUCAUGAUUGAAUUUUCUUGAUAGCAUGCUGAAUGCUACCUGUAGAGUAUAAGUAGAUUAUUUAAUUACUUUACUUUGAAUAUUUUGUAUUAUUAGUGGAUUGCAAUUUAAACGAAUAUAAGUCUAAGUUUAGUUAUUCAUCUUGUCUUGAGUAUUUAUG